GCUCUGGUUCCCGCGCAAACCAGAAACCCAUGCGAAAACGAAAGUUGGAAAGAGAAGACAGCUGGACUUGGACUAGUUGGGAAAUAGACGGGGUCCUGUAACAGGAACAGGAUAUCGGCUACCUGGAAGGCGCACACACACACUCGCGCACGCAAGGGAGACGCUCUCUUCCUCUUCCCUGCACAUGCGUGCAGUUCGGUUGCGCGUGUGUGCGUGCAGGUAGCGUUCGUGUGACUGGCAACUAUUGUUUUGCCUCGCGGGGAAUUGGAAAGGAAAGCAGAGGAAGCAGAAGGCAGAGAAUCGGUGGAAAACCGAAAACCACCCCUGGAAUGCAACCGCUUUUCGCAUUCUGCCGCCAAUUUUCAGUUGACGCAGAUCCUUUGAGGAUUGAACAUGGAUAACCAAUAUCAGCGCAUAGUCAACGCCACUGCACGCGAUGAUUCGCAGUCGAGGAGGAGCCAGACUUUGUUUCUGAAUGCCUGGUCGCAGACAUCUAGCGAGGAUUUCGAGCUGCUCCGCAGCAUCUCCGCGCCGGAUCCCCAAGUGGAGGCCGAGAACAGGGCGCUCCGCGAUAAGGUACGCUACUUGGAGGCCAAAUUACAGCAGCACACGGAUCUGCUCUCCCAGAUUCAUGCCACCUCCGCCAGGAUGCAACAGGCAUCCUCCCUGCUGGCAGAAAGUGGACCACCAACGCCGCCCGCUGUCCAGAGCCACCAGAUCCUCACGCCACCGAGCUCGGUGAUAUGUGCCCCCACGCAGAAUCCACAGAUUCUGGAUUACAAGAUCAUCUCGGCCCCCGACGAUGCGGAUGCCAUCGAAAUUCGCCUGGCGGCGGAGAGCCUGAACAGUCUAAGCACCUCAGCGGAUUCUGAUCGCCUGGAGAUUUGCCUGGGCGACGAGAACCAACAGCAGAGCAAUCACCAUCAUAGCCAGCAGCAGUACAGGAUUAGCAGCGGCAUUAAGAGGGAAGAUGUCGAAUCCUUUGGCACUCCACAACAGUUCAUCAAACGUCGCAAGCUGCAGGAGAUUCAGUUGCAGGAAGAAGUCCCGCGGCAGAACAUCAAACUACCAGCCAAAUCCCAACUCAAAAUCCGUAAUGGCAGUCUCACCGAUCUCAACAAAAGCCAACAGCAGAACAUGGACAACGUGAUGGUGUCCAUUGGCCCGAACAACACCUGUGUGCCCGCCAGUGUCUUCGAGAACAUCAACUGGUCGGUUUCCUCGCUGGCCACCCGAAAACUACUGGUUUCGAUUUUCGACCGGGAAACUCUGGCCACCCAUUCGAUGACGGGCAAGCCGUCGCCCGCUUUCAAGGAUCAGGACAAGCCCCUCAAGCGGAUGCUCGAUCCGCAGAAGAUCCAGGACAUCAUCUUUGCAGUGACGCACAAGUGCAAUGCCAGCGAGAAGGAGGUGCGCAAUGCCAUCACCACCAAGUGCGCCGACGAGAACAAGAUGAUGAAGAUCCAGAACGUGAAGCGACGCAGCAGUGGCAUCAAACACGAAAAGGAGAACAUUAUAUAGAUGCACUAGUUGUAGUUUGUUAGAACUUAAUGAUUAAUGUUUAGAAUAGCACCAAAAACGGCGGUAAUGCCCGCUCAAACUCACAGAUAUAUGAAAACAAUCCAUAGAUAGUAGAGCACUACAUUGAACUAACGUGUAGAAGAUUUUUGAAGAUCUCGAAGAUGAUUUUACCAAUCCGAACCAAGA